GUAAUGACGCCUCCCACUGUGAUUGGCUGACGUUCCUUCCCCUCGCUGCACGGUUGAAGGUGAAGUUAUCGUUUAGUUGUCUCGCCUAAAAUGUCAACUAGUAGGUUUUUAACCAUGCACGCUCACAUGUGUAAGCGACUGGCUCACAGGUAUUUUUUAAGAAGCUACACAUCUCACUCUUCACUUAAUGAAGUUGUCAUUGUCAGUGCAGUCCGCACUCCAAUAGGCUCCUUCAAAGGGAGCCUGGCGGCAGUUCCAGCCACCAAACUGGGCUCCGUCGCCAUUAAGGCAGCUGUAGAGAAAGCAGGAAUUCCUCCUGAAGAGGUGAAGGAAGUUUACAUGGGCAACGUGCUUCAAGCAGGACAAGGACAAGCUCCCACACGACAGGCUUUGCUCGGAGCAGGCUUGACCUUCAGCACUCCAGCAACGACUAUUAACAAAGUGUGUGCAUCUGGGAUGAAGUCCAUCAUGAUGGCAGCCCAGAGUCUGAUGUGUGGACACCAGGAUGUGAUGGUGGCAGGAGGCAUGGAAAGCAUGUCCAAUGUGCCCUAUGUGAUGGCCAGAGAGACACCACAAUACGGAGGAAUUAAGUUGGAAGACCUCAUUGUUAGCGACGGCCUCACUGAUGUCUACAACAAAUUUCACAUGGGCAACUGUGCUGAGAACACAGCCAAGAACUGUAACAUCACUAGAGAGGAGCAGGACGCCUAUGCCAUCAACUCAUACACUCGUAGCAAAACAGCACAUGAGACUGGCAUGCUGGCCAAGGAGAUUAUACCAGUUAGCAUACCACAGAGAAACAAACCUGGUGUGGUGGUGUCGGAGGAUGAGGAGUGGAGGCGGGUCGACUUCAGCAAAGUUCCUAAGCUGAAAGCAGUUUUCCAGAAAGAGAAUGGUAAAGAUGAGCAGUCGGAGAUCAACCCUUAG